AUGGAUCGGAUGCUGCUUCUCUCCUCAACUCAGCCCUCCACAGAAUUUUCUAUCUCGCUCUUGCUUCCAUUCAUUCGACUUAAAUACCAUGUUCACCAAGAGAAGUCCCGCGCUUUUCAGAGAACUGAUAAACAAAACUUGAAGACAGCAAAAGACAUGAGUUACAAGCAGUGUCUACUCAAAGCAGUCGUCUCUGCUGAUUACAACCAAGAAGAGAAAAAUUACAUAGAAAAAACUAUUAAUCACAUACUAAAGAAGCUUUCUGAUGACUCGCGCGAAAAAUUGGAGCUCUUCGUACAGACAGUGCAAGAGUCAAGCACGGCGCUCGAAUUUUCAGAGUGCAUCACUCUUCCCAGAAGCAGCGUUAUCAUUUGCAAAGAACUUAAUGUCGCCCAAAAUCUCCGCGUAAAAGGAGACAACAGAUUCGUCUCUGGAAAAUUACAAUGGCUGUCUGUUCUUCUCUCGAAAAUAUUCCGCUUUCCGGAAAUUCAGUUCCAGCAUGAUUUGGAAGCGGCCCCGCACUGUCACUUUCACUUCGGGAAAAAGCUAGAAUCGAUCUGCAUCAACGUACAGCACUACACCCCGGUCGAAGUUGCCACUCAACAGACGAUUCAACAAUGUUCGAUUCCCUUAUCAAUUCAACAGCCUGUGAUCUACCAAAUUGUCGACGAGAACUUUCGCUCAAGCGGAAACGAGACAGUCGUUUACCAAGUUUUUAAUCAAUCGACUCCGAUCCAAAGUAGCCAGACCCCGAUCAUGCCAAAGAUGAAACAAGUUUAUCAACUGGCACCAGCGGCUCAUUCUCCAAGCUCAGGCUCAACACCGAUGGCUCUCUCGCCGAUUGUCUCUUCUAAUCCGAUUACAGAGAUUUUCAACUUGCAGGAAGAGGCGAACGUUCGAUAUGAAAAGAUUGCUUCUACUUGGGAUCAGAGUACGGAUGAUGCUUGGGCAUCGAUUCAAUACAAUAAAGGGACUCAGUCUAUCGGGCAAAAGUUUAUCUGCAAAAACGCGCAUCGUCAAAUCAUCUUGGACAACGCACAAAGAAACUCUGAUUUGCCCUGUCCCCAGCGCUUUUCUCUUGGCGAGUUUCAGAAUAGAUCUUCUAUCGAGGAUGAAAUAUUUGCAGCAAAAAUCGGUAAAGGCGUCGGUCUUGUCAAUGUUAAGGGGCAGAUCUUUGUCGACAACUUGACUAAGGGACCUAUUUUUUCUCAAAGCUGGACUGGAACUGAGUAUGUUAACAAGCAAUACGAUGCGAAUCUUCACCGUUCGACAAUUAUGGAAAUCAAAGCUGGGCUCGUUGGCGUUUGCAUUUUUGAUUUGGAAAUAUUCGCUAAAGAUCUUGAUGAAUGUGCACGAAGACUACAACGAGCAAAAGACGAAAAUAACCUUGAAGCCGGAAGACGAGCACGAAUCGAACUCAAUCGUAUGCAACACCGUUGCCUUAUCAGAAUUUCGCUGUUCACCGGUUGGGGAGAACAGCAUCACUCGAAAGCAAUACAAGGAACCCCGCAUUGGAUAGAGAUAAAAGCAUUUACUGCGCUGAACUGGCUCGACGCUAGUCUGUUAUCUCCGCCAAAAUUCGACAGCGGCUACGAGUGCUCGUCAGUCUCUAAGGCUGGCAGCAAUUCCGAUAAAAAUAGUGUCGACUCAAAGUCUACUGAGGCUUUGCCUUGGUGGAGAAAACUCUUCAAAAAACGAGAAAAACAGCCGAAAAUUUGUCCUGUCGGAUGCAGUUGCUUAUGCCACACGGAGAAACCAAUAAAGUCAGUAGCGAUUGAUAUGGCUCUGUUGACGGCAAAUGCUAAUCAAUUACGCAUCUUGAUGGGAAUGGAAGACCUCUGCGGAAAAAUAAAUUGGGAACAAACGCGACUAUUAGAAGAUGGAACCUCCGUUCCUACUGGAUGCGAUGUGCGGCAAUUUACUUGGAAAUGUCUUCUCUUUCUUGUUUUAGUGUCGAUCCUUGGCCAGAUUUUGGUUGGAGUCGUGAACACCUGCAUUUUCAGUUUUAUCCAGUACCCCAACAAGAACCUCAUCGCACGAUCGGUCAACUCGAUUUCCCUCAUGCUUGCCUUUUUCAUUACUUGCGUGAAUAUUGUCAUGACUGGAAUUUUCGCAGGAUAG